AUGGCGGCCGAAUUUAGUGUGGAAGCAGUGAUUGAUGCUGUUUUUGAGGACGAAAAAUGUGACGAUGGUGCUGAAAUGUUGAAAACUAAUAAAGCUGUAGCAGAAAAUUGUGAAUUCAAUCAACCAAGCAUUUUUCGUUUAUUGUUCGGAUGCAAAAUAGACGCAGGGUCCGUUUUCAGGAGGGAAUCAUUCAUAUGGCUCAAAGGAAUUUACAGAAGGAUGGCUGCAAGACGAAGCAUUAGACGGCCAUACUAUUCCGAGAUUAAAAGGGAUAUCCCAGAAGAAAUUUUUCUUGUACUAGUGCAAUCAAUUCAACGUCACAAAAGCCAGAUAUUUAACCCUCCGAACUGUUAUGUCGCCCGAAAUAAAAAAGCUAUUGUUGUCUCUUUCACCUCAAUUAUAUCGGUGAAAAACUUUUUGAGUUCGCUCAGUUCAAAAGAUGUUACUGGCUAUAUGGAAAGGACCUUGGCUGGUUACCGUAAAGGUCACUGUGUUAAUGUCCUGGUAACGGACACAAAAGAUUUUGCUUUAACUUAUAUUCGCAAGGGGCAGCUGAUAAUUUCAUUUAACUUUGGUGAGUGGAAUGCCUACAGAUUUCCCCAACAUGACUGUAACAGAUACUAA